UAAGCGGGGGGCCAUGUUGUUUUCCCGUGGAAUGAGCAUUCCAUGCAGCAUCUUAGGUAUGAAUGACGUGGCCUGGCAGGAGACGCGAGGCGGGAUGCUGCACACAAAUGGUGUGCCAGAGACCGGAGGGGUCAGAGUCCUUGUGGGGGCUUCACUAGCCUCAGUGGGUGGUGCUGGGCAGGGACCUGGAGGAGCUCACCCUCUGCCAGGGAUGGACCGGGUGGCAAAUCCCAGUCCCGGCACCCCUCAACCUCCACUGAGCGGUCGUUCCCAAGAUGAUGCCACUGUGGGCUAUUUUUUUCAAAGGCAACCUGGGGAGCAGUUGGGUGGCUGCACUGCAAGCAAACACCGCUGGCCCACUGGUGAUGGAAACCAUGUUGACCAGGUGCGCACUGUGGAUGAGAUGAAUUAUGAUUUUCAAGCCUUGGCUCUGGAGUCUCGUGGAAUGGGUGAGCUUCUUCCUGCAAAAAAAUUGUGGGAAUCGGAUGAAUUGGCAAAAGAUGCACGUAAAGGAAUGUUGCUGGGUGAAGAAUGGAGAGAGAAUGCCUGGGGUUCUUCCCGUAAGUUCUUCUAA